GAGCGAAGCGCGUCCUGCACUGAGGAGUUCCUGACACUGAAUCUCCUUGCUGUGAGCCCCAGGGAAGAAAAGGAAAGCGAGGACGGAUCUCCGUAACUGCCCGGUGCAAUCCCAAAGCCCGGAGUGAGAGGACGGACCGCGGACAUAGCACUCCAAGCAAGGGAGACACGUUUAUCCCUGUUGUUCUUCCUCUACCUAUCCCUCCCUUGCCCAGGUGAAGUAAUCCUGAGCCGGGUCCGGGGACCCUGAAGCCUUGCGCCCCGCCCCCUGCCUGCCCAUCAUGCGGGGAGCGGCCAGCCGCGGAGGAGGAGGAGAACCCGGAGUCGUUGGAGAGGGAGAGUGACCCCACCGGAGUCCAGAGCCCAGGCGGCUCUUCAGGCAGGUUCGAGCGGGCUCUCCUCCCUGAGCUGCCGCGCACACCUGCUGCAAUGUGCCGCCGCUGGCUGCGUUUCCAUCACUGUCCAACUUUGCAAUCUGAAGGAACCUCCCUGGGCCAGGCUCAGCUCUGAAUCUCCUGUGGUUUUCAAGCGAAGUGUUCGGGACCCAGGACCUCAGGCGGCCGCAGUUCGAGGAGAUCACUGCUCCCGGAAUUGGAUCCACACUCCCAGCCCCGGAGCGGCGCCGGCUAGGACCUGAAGCCUAGCCAGCGGCGCCGGAGCCGCUUCGUGGCAGCUUGUCUUUGGAGGGAUUUCAUAAAAGGGAAACUAACAGGUUGAAAGACUGAAGAAACCAGCCUUCCCCGGGACUGAGAAAAGUGUUCCCGUUCCAGCUGCCAGUCUCAGUUCCUAGGAGGGUGAAGGAGAAAGGGGACGGAGCUGGAGUGAUUCGGGAGAGGGCAGAAAUGGCUCGCCCUGAGCUGGACUCGCUAUCUGGGCUGUCCGGGCCGCCCCCGCCGCCACUGAUGUCGCUGCUGUUGCUGCUCCUGGCGCAACUGGCGGGGAGGGGAGAAGCCUCCUCCAAGGCUCUAGUGUGCCAGGAAAUCACGGUGCCCAUGUGCAGGGGCAUCGGCUACAACCUGACACACAUGCCCAACCAGUUCAACCACGACACCCAGGACGAGGCUGGGCUGGAAGUGCACCAGUUCUGGCCCCUGGUGGAAAUCCACUGCUCGCAGGACCUGCGCUUCUUCCUGUGCUCCAUGUACACGCCCAUCUGUCUGCCGGACUACCCCAAACCCCUACCUCCCUGCCGCUCGGUGUGCGAGCGGGCCAAGGCAGGCUGCUCCCCGCUCAUGCGCCAGUACGGCUUCGCCUGGCCCGAGCGCAUGAACUGCGACCGCCUCCCGGUGCUGGGAGACGCCGAAACCCUGUGCAUGGACUAUAACCGCAGCGAAGCCACCACGGCCCCGCCGCGGCCCUUCCCGGGCAAACCCACGCCUCCUGCCCCGCGCAGCUCGGCGAACUCCGGCGGGGAGUGCGGCGCCUGCAAGUGCCGGGAUCCUUUCGUGCCCAUCGUGAAGGAAACGCACCCGCUCUUCAACAAGGUGCGCACGGGCCGGGUGUUGAACUGCGCGGUGCCCUGCUACCAGCCCACCUUCAGCCCGGACGAGCGCACCUUCGCCACUUUCUGGAUCAGCCUAUGGUCCGUGCUCUGUUUCGUGUCCACGUCUACCACCGUGGCCACUUUCCUUAUAGACAUGGAGCGCUUUCGCUACCCCGAGCGCCCGAUCAUCUUCCUGUCAGCAUGCUACCUCUUCGUGUCGUUGGGCUUCCUCGUGCGCCUGGCCAUGGGCCACGCCAGCGUGGCCUGCAACCGUGAACACAGCCACAUCCACUACGAGACCACGGGACCGGCGCUCUGCACUGUGGUCUUCCUGCUCGUCUACUUCUUCGGCAUGGCCAGCUCCAUCUGGUGGGUCAUUCUCUCCUUCACCUGGUUCCUGGCGGCCGGCAUGAAGUGGGGCAACGAGGCCAUCGCGAGCUACUCGCAGUACUUCCACCUGGCCGCGUGGCUCAUCCCCAGCGUCAAGUCCAUCGCCGUGCUGGCCCUGAGCGCGGUGGACGGCGACCCCGUGGCCGGCAUCUGCUACGUGGGCAACCAGAACCUGGACUACCUGCGGGGCUUCGUGCUGGCCCCGCUCGUGGUGUACUUGCUCACGGGCACGCUGUUCCUGCUGGCGGGUUUCGUGUCUCUCUUCCGCAUCCGCAGCGUCAUCAAGCAAGGAGGCACCAAGACGGACAAGCUGGAGAAGCUGAUGAUCCGCAUCGGCCUCUUCUCCGUGCUCUACACCGUGCCGGCCAGCAUCGUGGUGGCCUGCUACCUGUACGAGCAGCACUCCCGGGAAAGCUGGGAGCGGGCGCUCACCUGCCAGUGCCCCGCGGGGGAGCCGGGGCAGCCCCGUGCCAAGCCUGAGUACUGGGUGCUCAUGCUUAAGUACUUAAUGUGCCUACUCGUGGGCAUCACCUCGGGGGUCUGGAUUUGGUCCGGAAAAACUGUGGAGUCCUGGAGGCGCUUCACCAGCCGCUGCUGCUGCCGCCCGCAGCGGGGCCACAAGUCGGGCGGGGCCACGGCCGCCCGGGACUACGCGGAGGCCAGCGCGGCCCUAACCGGCUGCAGGACCGGGGCUCCCUGCCCGGGCGCUGCCGCCUACCACAAGCAGGUGUCCCUGUCUCACGUGUAGCGGCGUCCUGCUGGCUGCGUGUGGGAGGCGCCGAACUGCGGGAGGUGGGCGAGUUGUUUCCAACAACUGAUUCGGGUAGCUUUUUAACAGGUCACUUGUUUUGACUUCAUGGUGCUGCUGCUGCUGCUGCUUCCCUUCGGAAUUUGGGAGGAGGGAGAAGAGACAAUUUUGAGGUGGAACACGAUAAAUAGUCCCAGGACUUCUGCAGGGACCUUAUUUUUAAAUAUAAUUUUUAAAAAAUUUUCUCAUUUUCAAUCCUGUGUGGGUACAAGUUGCUUUUUGGCAAUGGACCCUACCUUGGCUUUGGGGAAGAGGGAGGGCUGGCUUUAAAAAUUCUGAUUUCGGGCAUUAUAAUGAAGUUCAAAACUGUAUCUAUUUUUAAUGAACCUGUUUCUAGCCUGGUAUGCCCUGAAAAAGAUGUUUUGCUUUUUUAAUGUGAACGGGUCAAGUUUGGACAUCUGACUGUGGAGUGUGUGUGUAUGGAAGGGGGCGGGGUAGAGGGAGGGGGUGGGAAAUAGGUCUAUCUCCAAGCCACACCAGUAUAAAGUGUUCUUGUGUCUCUUAAUGCUAUCUCAUGUUUUUGUGCGGUUGGAUGUUCCUUGAAAGUGGGGAAGUGCUUUGAAACUUGUUCAGGGUCUUCCAAAGUGACAUGGCUGUGGGCAGAGGAUGGCAACUUUUGUUUCUUGAGCUUCAUUUUACUGCAUCCUAUUCUCUAAGACUAGGAAUUUUGAUUCUGGAGACAAUAUGUAACCUUAAUGUUAAAGGUAGUUCCCAUAAACCACCUGGCGCAACCUUCUGGAGACAGGGGAAUUGGCUGAACUCUUAAUUUUCAAGCCUUGUGAAACUUGUUAGCUGUUAGUUCUGAGUGGGAGAAACAAACUCAAGUGCUGUUCUUAUUUCAAAAGGGAAAUUUGCUUAAUGCCAGGAAAAGUUAAGUCAUCUACUUCUGGAAGUACUUAGUUUGGUGGUUGCCACAUAGAAACUGCAUCUUUAUCUUUUGAGGGGCAAGGGGUGGGGAAAAUCUUUUUUAUAUAUUCAUAAUGUUUUCCUUCUAAACCUAGUGCAUUACCAGAAUAUUAUUGGGGGCAGAGGGGGGAAAGACUUGGCCAAUGGAGUCUUAACCUUGACCCUCCUGGUUUACCAAGUUUGGGUUUUUUUGUUUUUCCUCUGUUGACAGGGUAGAUUGCCCUUUUGGCUCUGGGUCAUUCAGAGGGCCUGGGUACAUCUGGUCUGUUCUUCAAUGAGCAUUGCAAUUUAGCAACUCAUCAUCCCCCCUCCCCCUUAGGUUUCCCUGGGGACAGUGACAGUUUGGUCCCCUGGGGUAAGCAGUCCUGUCUUCCCAGAUCUAAAGAAAUUUAGAAACCACAUCUAUUCCAGCAGUGUGGAGGUAGAAUAGAAUAGUUAGCAAAGUCCAAGACUUCCGGACAAGUUUAAAGCCUAUUGGCUUCUAAAACUGCCUCUGAUAACCAACUAGCUAAUUUUUCAAACCGUCUUCCAUAUACUCCACUUUUCUUUUGCAGUAUAGCUUGUUGGGCAGCCACUGCUUCAGCAAGCUUCUCCUAAUAUUCAUCUAAAAGGUUUUGUCUGGUAAGGAAAAGAUAAAUUUUGUAGUUUUGUUUCUUGGCAGUUUCAAAAGUCCAUGUUUGCUUUCCCAAUCUAAUUACCACUGAUCAAAAGCCAUUGAGGUGAUUAGGGGGAUAGGGAGAGUGACUAUUCAUGAUUUCCUUUUAAAACAAAACUUAGUGAGAACUGAACUUGAGCAAACUGAAUACCCAAAGCAGUGAAAUUUACUCUAGUUGCCUAGGAAGCAAAUUCUUUAUAUGGGAGGCCUGGACCUUUCAGUUAUUAUUUGCACUAAUAUUACAUAUACACACAUUGGUAAAGUGAAGAAAUGUAUGUCAAAGCAGGCUUUUUUACCUCAGUCUCAAAAGCUGAGAAAGGCACAGUCCCUAAUGGGAACAAAUGUGGAUGGGUUUGUCUGGGUAAAACUUGAGUUUGGUAGAUAGCACUCCAAAAAUAUCCUUGAGAACAAUGUGAUUUCUAAGCCCCCUUAUGAAUCUGUCCUCAGAAUGCAUGAAUUCCAAUUGUGAGAAUCUUUUUUUUUUUUUUUUUGAAGCACCAAACACAAUUUUCUUGUGAUUAGAACUGCAAUUAAGCCUCCAAGUCUAUAUAGGUGAUUUCUUACUUGAGGAAGAGAGAAAAUUAGAAAUGAAGGACUUCAAAAUCUAGUUUUCAGUAGUGAAGACUAGACCUCAGAGUGGAAAAUCUUUACUGUAACCACAAAAGUUUUGGUUUUUUUUUUCCCUUGGGAGGGGAGUAAUUUGGAAAUGAUAUUGCUCUGUACCUCUUUCCUUUUUUUUUUUUUUUUUUUUCAAAUGUCUCAUUCUGGAUUCUUCUGGAGAAUAUUUCCUCUUAGAGCCAAAAUCCCUUUCAUACUUCUAUGAAGGAAGAGCAUUUUAUUGAUGACUCUGUUGGAAUUUCCUCCCCUACUAGUCAGUUUCAUUUCCGCAUUAUAUCCAUUAGCCUUUAGUUCAAAUUGUCUCCAAUUUGGUUUGGAUUUGUGUGAUUGUAUAUAUUCUGCGUAGGAAUGGAGAUUAUGGAAAUGAGGUGAAGAAAGUGAAAAAAAUCUGGAGAGUUUGCAAAAAUGCCAAUCUAAGGUAGAUCUCAAGGUUUUUGUUUUGUUGUUUUGAACCUAGUAAAUGAAAACAGGCUAUCAUUAUAGAUGAGGGCAAAAUGUCUCUGAAGCCAGACAGUACAUACAGGAUUUAAUUCUUCAUUCUUGCACUUUUCGUGGACACAGAUAAGAGUAUUGCUGCUGUUAGAUAAAUUCUCCUAUCCUUAGAACUACUCAUGCUUAUUCUUUAUUGUUUGCCUUAAAAAAGCUAUUUUUGUCUUUUAAAUGAGAAAGAGACAAAACUUCCCGAGUCUUGUGCUGUUCUCUUUUCCUUGUGGGUAUACUUGACAAGUUUUACCUUUCAAAUCCAUUCCUUGGAACAUCAGCCAGCCAUCCCCCGUGGCACCUCUGCUGAGCUGGUCAGCUCCUUUACCACAAGAGACGAGUAUUUUCAGUUUAUUGCAGCUAUGCCUAGCAGCCUUUCCUUAGUUCAAGUAGAAGCACUAUAAAUUAGAGAUCUAAUGGCUAAGCAAGCCACUUAGAGAGGCAGAAUUGUCACGUUAAUGACCCAGGUAUUGAAUUAAGAUGACAAGUUUUUAGGAACCCUGUUGAAUUUAAAUUCUUUAUACUGUUAUCACAGUUUGAAAUGAUCUAAAUUACUAGGAGGUGCCUUCUUGGUUUGUCAUCUAUUUAAAGCUUUUCCCCUUUCUAUGGAAUUUGUGAACUAGUCUCCCAACUGUGUUCUCUGUGUUUUGUUUCUGUUUUUAGGGUGCAAAACAGUUUACAAAGUGGACAUUCAUUACAAUACACUGAGCCAGGGCUGCACUCUGUACCACUGGCUGCUAGGAGGAAAAGCUCCUGGUUCAUUCACACAUAGGACCUUAAUAACAGCAUUCUCAUGCACAGAAAGAGAAAACUAAGAAAUCUACUUGUAUGUUUAAUUAACUGCUACCUGAAGCUUAAAAGGACUUUACUUUUGUUUUCUAAAGGAGGAAUGAAAGAGAGAAAAGAUUGAAAAUCCAUUUCUUGAAACAAUGAAAUUUGUUGUAAUCAGGACUGUAAAUAAUACACACCUCACACAUCUGGUUGGGAAGAGGGGAUAUCCUGGACAGUUACCUGAUCUGCUUGCCCUUUUUAAUUUUCAGACAGCCUGGGAUAUAGCAACUGGCCUAUUUCAAAAGAAGGCAGUUGAAAGCCUAGUUUAACAAAAAUUCAAAGCAAACGGUUAUCUGGGUUAUAGGGUAAAACAGCUAUGAAGAACUUAAGAGGAUGAGAAAAGAGGAUGGGAAGCUCUGCCAGUUUGGAUCCAUUUUAACCAGGAGUGUAUGGAACAUUCUUUUGAGACAGAUGUUACAAACUAUAUAAAUUAAUUUUGUUUUGUAGUUGUGUGGUGUUGUAUAUAUCUAUAUAUAUAUAUGUCUAUAUAUACAUAUAUACAUUAUAUAAAUAUAUAUUAUAUAUAUGAAAGAUUUAGUGAUCUUUGAUACGGGUUUGGUGCAGGUGAAUUAAUUACUGAGCCAAAUGAGGCAAAUGCUGAGUCAGUAGUUCACUGAGUCCAGGGCAUUAAGUAAUUUCUCUAAUAGUUAUGUAAUUUAUAUAGUGCCUCUUUCAUUCAAUACAGUAACUCUCAUCCUGACAAAUCAAAAUUGUACUGAAUAGGAGAACCACUCAUCUCUGGCAGCAGUUCUACAUUACAGACAAUCAACUUGGAUCCAAAAGUUAACUAUAAUUCUCAAUCCAUCACUUAAGGAGUGGUUAUUUUGUGAACUGUAUUCAGUAGACAAAACAGUUUUAUGUUAUUUAGUCUCCAGAUACUUAAAAUUGCUGACUUUGUUAUUAAAUUUUUUUUGUAUGUAUAUUUGUGAAAAGGUAAAAUCAUCUGAGAUUUUAUAAAAUUAUGGAGAUUAGUUAUUUAUGAGAAAACAAAGAAAUGUUUAUUUUUUUCUUUGUUCCUGAUUAAUGUAGAUCAAAAUAAAAACCAUUAAAGAAAUGGGGAAAAAA